UUGCCCAGUCGUUGCUUCUGGUUUCAGCUCAUUUCAGUAUUUGACACCUGUGACGUUGACAUGGUGGGAUUCAGACUGCGACUGGUCGGCUUGGUACUUUUAUGCGCGGGUGCACUGAAAGCCCAGGAUCCUCCUGCAGCAGAUACCACAGCAGCCAUUACUAGAACAACUGAUGCUGGAAAAGGACCUGUUGGAGCAGAAGCAACCACAGCCGCGGGAGAUGGGACAGGAGUAACUGGAGGGACAUCUGGUCCAUCAAGUACCGCAGCUGGGAAUGCCACCACACCCCACGAAGCUUCCCACGAAGAUCACCAUAUGGAGACUACCCCGGAUAAUGGGGGUGACCCUUACGUUAGUCCAGGAAAGCAUAGACCAGGACCACGUCAUGUGAAAGCGCAUGAUGGCUUUCACAAUAUCAAAAAUGAGAAACACUGGGCCACUUGGAAUGAUGCCUUUACAACCGCCGCUCUCGAGAAGAACACUCAUGCAGUGACUUCGAAUCCUUAAGUUAAAAUUACCAGUAGGUGCAAAUAUUUUAAAAAGGAUAGUUUAACAAAUCCAAGGAAAAAAAGUUUUUUAGGUUACUUAAACUUGGGUUCUACAGAACCGCGUUAUAAAGUAACACCCUAUACCCAAAGCCCCAAGCAUGACAAAUCUAAUUAGGUGGCAAAAAUGUUAGUAGAAUCGUGGUUGAGCUACAGGCUGUUGUGGUUGUAUCCAUGAUGCGGGUUGUUAUCUACUUCUGGGUAAAAGUCAUUAAUCUUCUAAUGAAUACAAAAUUCCCAAAGAUUUUUUUCGUAGAUAUAUUUUCUUAGCUUGCAGUUGAUAGUUAAAAAUGUUAUUGGAAAAUUACGUCACGCGAGGGCUCACGAUGGAUUUCAUAAUAUUGAGAAGGAAACUAGGUGGAGGAACUGGCCAAAACGUGUGAAGGCGCAUCAUCUGAAUCAUAUUGGCUGAUUGGUUGCAAGGUCGGAACUACACGCGAUCUCUGUCUGCCGUUAUAAUAUAUAAUCUUAACAUUUUUCACUGAACACAAUGGUUAAUAGAAACCUUGUUCACCUACAUAUAUCUCUUGAUCACUGAUUAAUUGUUCAUUUUAUACUUUCCGAUUAAGAGUAAUUGCUUAAACGAAUUACAUUAACUUGACUUCC